CUUCACGGCAGCAGCCAAAAAUACUCGUUUAACCUCAUCAGACAUAGAUACAAAGGAGUCGCUCGGCUCCUGUUCUAACAUAAAGUCGGUGGAAAUGUCGAAGCCGCCGUCAAUUGAAGAUUUCAUCAUUUUGAAGCCGAUCAGCAGAGGCGCUUUUGGGAAAGUUUACCUCGCUCGAAAGAAGCCAAACGCACGAUUAUACGCCAUCAAAGUGAUGAAGAAAGCAGAUAUGGCUGAUAAAAACAUGACUGGGCAGAUGAAGGCGGAGAGAGACGCGCUGGCUCUCAGCAAAAGUCCCUUUGUGGUUCACCUGUUUUAUUCCCUGCAAACAGCAACUAACAUCUACCUGGUGAUGGAGUACCUGAUUGGUGGAGAUGUGAAGUCUCUUCUUCACAUUUAUGGGUAUUUUGAUCAGGAGAUGGCUGUAAAAUAUAUCUCAGAGGUUGCACUGGCUUUGGACUACCUACACCGUCAUGGAAUCAUUCACAGGGACUUGAAGCCAGACAAUAUGCUUAUAUCCAAUGAAGGUCACAUCAAACUAACAGACUUCGGUCUUUCUAAAGUCAAGCUUGAUAGAGAACUGAACCUGAUGGAUAUUCUUACCACUCCUUCCUUGGCAAAACCAAAAAAAGAUUACUCCCGUACGCCGGGUCAGGUCCUCUCAUUGAUCAGCUCACUUGGAUUUAAUACAAUCACAUGUGAAAACAAACGCCACAGCAGUGCGUAUGCGGUGCUCAGGCCAAUGUCCUGCGACAGAGUCAAACAAAAGAAGAACUCUCUGGGUUCACCCGUGAUGAAGAACAGUGACCACCUAUACUCUCUGGGUAGUUACCCUUGGAAAAAAGGGCUUCAUAGCACUGCGUUCAGUUCCCACAACCUGUCCAAAAAUCUGUCUCCCACGUUGUUGAAGACCAGAAAGAGGUUUGAGACAGCGAGUGCAGGCAGCACCACUGAUACUGAAGCUGCAGUCAGUCCGAUGUGGGAGUGUGAGGAGAAAGAAAAUGAGCAUAAUAAUGAACAAAUGAGGAGAGGGAAGUUGUCAUCAUCGCACACAAAGCAAGUUCUCAUUGAGUCACAGAAUGAAAGACCUGGACUAGACUGUGCAACUGCACAAUCUGAGGACCUCUCUGCAAAGGUCCACAGCAAAAUCUUUGAUGCCAUUCCUGGCAAUCACUCAAAAAAGGCUAUUCCAUGUCAUCUUGCAGAAAAGAGUCCUUGCACACCAAAAGUGGAGUCUGUUCCUUCAGCUCAACCUGAUUCUUGUCCAUCAGUGGGAAGUGAAGUGAAUGUUGCAACAGCUUCAUCUUUGAAGAGAACAUUUGCACACGUGGAAAAAAGUCCAGUGCAACCAGAGAUGCAAGCCAAGAAGAGAACUGCAGACUAUAAGAGAUACUAUGACAUUCCAGAAGACCAUGUGAGGUUUCAUACCGGUCUGACGGGAGCUUUUUCCACCGUCAAAGUGGGUGACUUCAGACUUGGAUCGGAUGAGGACUGCAUCCCAAAUCGUUCUAGUCCUGUUGCUGUUGCCAAAAGUCUGUUUGGUGAGCUGGAAGAGCGAUCAGAAGACGAUGUGUUUGAAGACUGUACCAAAGACUUAUCACAUUCAAGUUUCACAUCACCGCUAGCUGGACACAGUGAGGUCUGCCGGAGCUUGAGCCUGGACUCUGACGGGUCUGUCCAUGAAACAUCAAUGACAAUGGACAGCAGUGCUUAUAUGAAGCCGAGCCAGUGCUCCAUGAAAAGGACUUCAGUAGCAUCCGAAGAUCAGGAAGAAAAUAAAGUUUCACCCAGUACUGAAUCUGUGCCACAUCCUCUGUCUGCUAUUAUGAUUGAAACACCCAAACUAGGUAUUUGUGGCCGGCGAGAUGAAUCUCAGUCUUCUUCCUUUCUCAGCCAGAUCCCUCAUCUGGACCACGAUGGUGUGGAGUCCCCGUCUUUCCUCAAGCCUCGCAAUGUUGUAGCUUUCCGUAGUUACUGUAGCUCUAUCAACCGUUCCAACGUCUCUGGGAUGUCCCGUUUUAGCCUCGGAUCUGUGGAGGCAAUGGACAUGUCCACAUCAGCUUCUUAUCACUCUCUGCCUGCUGCUGUAACACCUGUGCAGAAAAGACCCAACUCCAGCAGCUCAAUCUAUCAGACUCCCCAGCCCAUGAUGACCUCCCACACCCCCUUCAGGACUCCAAAGAGCGUCCGACGAGGUGUGCUGCCUGUUGAGGGUGCGCCCCUUUUGGGAACCCCUGAUUACUUGGCUCCAGAGCUCCUCUUGGGAAAACCUCAUGGAAGGUGUAAUUGCGACUGCAUGGUGGAUUGGUGGGCAUUAGGUGUGUGUCUUUUCGAGUUCCUCACAGGUGUGCCACCUUUCAACGAUGAGACGCCUCAGCUGGUCUUCCAGAAUAUUCUCAACAGAGAUAUCCCCUGGCCCGAGGGAGAGGAGGAACUUCCUGACUGUUCCCGGAACGCGAUUGAAAUCCUCCUGACGAUGGACAUGACCAAACGGGCUGGUCUCAAAGAAUUGAAGAGUCACCCCCUGUUUGAAUGGCUGGACUGGGACAACCUGCAGAACCAGCCGAUGUCCUUCAUUCCUCAACCAGAGGACGAAACCGACACCUCGUACUUUGAGGCAAGAAACAACGCUCAUCAGAUCGCUAUGUCCAGCUUCAGCUUGUAGAGUUUCUAACAUAAAAUUGGAGCUCUGGAAUUUGGAUUUUUCAACCUUUGUGGGUUCAGAUUUUCAAUAGUGUGAAUCAGUUAAGUACUGAGUUAGACCGCUAACAUUGUCAAGGGCUAAAGUUAUACUGUGUAAGCUAUGGGGCUAGGUGCAAACAGCAGAGUAAAACUGCUUCUUAUCACCAGUAAAUAAGCAAAAAAUGUUACAAAACGUGUUUUGCAGCACGGAGAGGAUCCCUGUGGAGAUCUACGUGCACAUUUACUU